AUGAAGAAAAUGCGUUUGCGUGAGGACACCUGCAAUGAGGAGAUGGAGGAGGCGGUGGUGGUGGCCGCGCUCUUCCAGCCCUACUUUCCAAUAUGCGCAGAGCGUUGCACACCGUUCAUGCUCGACGGGUGUUGUGGAGAUCAGGGACGAGAGCGCCGUCACCACCACCGUCAACGUCUCCUCCUCAUAAUUCUCAUCAAAGCUUGUCACAAGGAAGCCGAUGUUAUUCCUUACAACUGCAAUGUCCAGAUAUUCGUGACAUUGCAGAGAUUGCAGUCACAGUGGAACCGAUAG